AUGGCAGCGUACGAAAGUGUCCUGGCGGGGAAAUACCCCGCGAAAGCCCAUGCUAGGAGAGUGGUUGAGUAUAUCAGGAAGACCAAUCCAAAUGCCACUGGCGUCCUCUACCUCGAGGGUCAAAAGACGCAGAUGAUUGAGGACAGCGACGAGACAAUGCCUUUCCGACAACGAAGAUACUUCUACUAUCUGACAGGAUGUGCACUCCCAGACUCUUACUUUGCGUAUGAUAUCGCAACAGAUAAGAGCACCCUAUUCAUUCCACCAAUCGACCCCGAGUCCGUGGUGUGGUCUGGCCUCCCCGUCUCCGAAAGUGAAGCGCUGAAACUCUACGAUGUCGACAGCGUACAGACGAGCAAGGAGGUAGCACCAUAUCUCGCACACCCGGGCCCCAAAGGCACCGUAUGGGCCAUCGCCGGCCAAGUCUCCGACCACGUCUCCUUCCUAGAAUUUGAGGAUAAGGACUUCACGCUGUUGAAGGAGGCGAUCGAGGAGUGUAGGGUGGUGAAGGACGAAUACGAGAUUGCUCUUACGAUGAAGGCAAAUGCAAUCUCGACGAUUGGCCAUACGGCGGUGAUGAAGGCAGUCAAGAAGGCUAAAAAUGAACGAGAGCUCGAGGGCCUUUUUAUUGAGAAGAGUAUCUCGAACGGAGCGAGGGAACAGGCAUAUCAUUCCAUUGUUGCGAGUGGGACGGCAGCGGCUACUUUGCAUUAUAUGAAUAAUGAUGCUCCUCUGCAGGGGAAACUCAAUCUGCUGCUGGAUGCAGGUGCAGAGUACAACUGUUAUGCUUCUGAUAUUACCCGAACUUUUCCCAUAUCAGGGAAAUUCACCCCGGAAAGUAGGGCAAUAUACGACAUAGUCUUACAGAUGCAGUCUGUCUGCAUCAACAUGCUCAAGGAGGGAGUGGUCUGGGACGACGUCCAUCUCACAGCUCAUGCAAUAGCCAUUGAUGGUUUACACGCUCUUGGAAUCUUAAAAGGGAAGAAAGAAGAUAUCCUCGAAGCUCGAACGAGCGUAGCGUUCUUCCCUCACGGCCUAGGUCAUUAUCUAGGAAUGGAUACUCAUGACACCGGUGGACAUCCCAACUACGAGGACAAGGAUGCCAUGUUCAAGUAUCUACGAGUUAGGGGCAAGCUUCCUGCUGGUAGUAUCAUCACCGUUGAACCCGGAAUCUAUUUCUGCCGCUUUAUUAUUGAGCCGUACCUCAAGGAUCCAGUUCACUCUCAGUACAUCGACGCCUCUGUCCUAAACGAAUAUUGGGACGUUGGAGGCGUGCGUAUCGAAGAUAAUGUCUUGAUCACGAAAACUGGUUAUGAGAAUCUGACGACGACACCGAAGGAUGUAGCAGAGAUGGAGAAGAUCAUUAAUGGCUUAUAA